UUCGCGCCCUUCGUCAUUGCAGCCACCAGCCGAGAUCAUGUCGUCGACGUCAGCGAGCCCUCCACCGCCUCAGGAAAACAAUGGUCGCAGACCUGCUCCUCGUCCCACAGUCCGCAAGCAGACCCGCUCGGACUUCGCGCUCGAGCCGAAUCCAUUCGAGCAGUCCUUCUCCGCCACCCCCAACCACUCCAAUGUCAGGCAGGACGACCGCAACGACCGCGGCGCCAGCCAGCAGCCCUCGCUCGGCCCAUCGUCCAACGACUCCGACCAGAAGCCCCCCUCCCACACCCAGUCCCCCAAGCCGACCCUCCCCCCGCUAGCUGCCCUCGCAUCGCCGUCCGAUCCCAGCUACUACUUCAACAACCCCGCGCUCGCAAACUCCCUGCGCGCUGGUCCCCUCUCCCCCGCGAUGCUCGCUGGCCCACAGGCGGAGAACCAGCCUCCCCAGCUCCAAUUCGACCCUGUCUUCCGCACUGGUCUCACCCCGCGCACCGGACUCACCCCGCGGACGGGGCUCACCCCCGGCACCGGCCUGACACCCUUCGUGGGUGGACCAACAACGCCAAACACGCAGGCCUUCCUCGCAUACCUCAAUAACACUCAGCCCAACCCCACCAUGACCCCCAACACGCUCAACGCGAUCAACGGAGUCCUGAACGCGCCCCAGCCCCAAUCGCAGCAAGAGACCCAGCACUCGAUGCAGCAGCCCAGCGAGAACGGGUACCUCGCCCCCAACGCUGUCUCCACCGCUGCCAACACCGCGGCGAACGGGCUGUUCCUGCUCUCGCAGGCGCACCAGGAGCUCACUAAGAGGGAGGAACAGGCACGUCAGCAUGGUAGUACCACCGCACCAGCCAAUGUGAUGGGCGGUCAGCAGCAGGUGCAGCUUAACGGCGCGGACAACAAUCACAACGCGAACAACGGCAACGGACGGCGGGGCACGAAGCGCAAGCAGAGCGGCGACAGCCAGGCGCCAUCGGAGGGGAAGAAAACACGCCAGUCGACCCGCCGCCGCGCUCAAGUACAGCACGACGACAUGGGCGACGAUGACGACGAUGACGAUGACGAGGAGGACGUGAAGCCUAAAGCGUCGGGCAACUCACGCGGGAACAAGAAGCCGGAGACGGAAGAGGAGAAGCGGCGGAACUUCCUCGAGCGGAACAGGCAAGCCGCCUUGAAGUGUCGUCAGCGGAAGAAGGCCUGGCUCGCGUCGCUGCAGGCCAAGGUCGAAUUCCUCCAGACGGAGAACGAGCGACUCACGUCCGCGCUCGUGGCCAGUCGCGAAGAGAUCUCGCGGCUGUCUGCCCUUGUCGGCGGCGCAGGCGUAAUAGGGGGUGGCAUACCUGCAGGCGCACCAGGCGUAUCCGGCGUGCCCGUCGCGAGCGUUGGCGCACCCGUAGCCGCGGGUGGCCCAGCUCCCAUCGGCAUGCCCAUCGCAGGGUCAGCGGUCCCGCCACCCGCGGCGCCGCAGCCCAAACCGGGCGACUCGCAGCCUGUCAGCAUGAGCGUUCCCGUGCCCGUUGGCAUCAAGGAGCGCGGCGAGAGCAGGCAGAGCGAUCGCGGCUACGGGUAUUAGCCCGAUGUUGUCGCCGCCGCGUGAGCGCAUACACGGAGCUGCCGCGCGUGCAGGCGUACGGUAUGGGGGACGGUCAAUCCACGGGGCCGUCGUUCGUUGCUUCUCUUCCUUCCCUUUGCGCUCGCCCCUCUUUUGUCUCUUCGCUGGUUGUCCCACUUGGCGCAGGUAUUUCUACCUUGUGCUGGUACUCUUACCUCUCGCUGGCUAUCCGGUGGUAUCAGGCAUGUCAUCAGAUCGGACGAUUCUUUUUUCUUAUGUCGAAUACUUACGCGGCUUCUGUUGUCCUGUUUUCUUGCCCACCCCUUUGGUGAAGUGGUCUCUGCUUGUCGGGUUGCCGACGUUUAUGAACCGGACGGCCUGCUCUACGCCAUACACGAAGUUAAAAGCGUACUAUGAUACAUGUACUCUAGUAGGCUAUACGAGCUAUGUACGUAUAUGUAAUAUGAACCUACGAUGUUGUUCUAUUCGA